AAAACCGGAAAUGCGAGGCGAGGGAAGAGAGGAUUCGUUUAGAGCGUCUAGAGGACUGGAAGCAGCUGAGAGGAGAAGAGGAUACGAAGAAGACCGGGAGAGUUCAAUCGUGUUUCCGGAAGAGAGAGUACUGAGUUCGAGGCUAACAGUUUCUCCAGUGGCAAGAGGCACUGAAAAGGGAGAUGGGUAAUCCGCAGAACACGAAGGCCGGCGACGACCUCCACGCGGCCGCAAGAUCCGGUGACCUCACCGCUGUUCAGUCAAUUUUGAGUACGAACCCUUUGGCCAUCAAUUCCAGAGAUAAGCACUCUCGAACACCACUACAUUUAGCAGCAUGGUCUGGGCAAGCAGAGGUAGUCAAUUAUCUCUGCAAGAACAAGGCUGAAGUUGGUGCUGCUGCCAUGGAUGACAUGGGAGCGUUACACUUUGCUGCACAGAAGGGACAUUUAGAUGUUGUUCGUGCCCUACUUUCAGCUGGGGCCCCUGUCAAAGCUUCCACUCGCAAAGGCAUGACUGCGCUUCAUUAUGCUGCCCAAGGGUCCCGUCUUGAACUUGUCAAGUACUUGGUGAAGAAGGGGGCAAACCUUGGUGCCAAGACUAGGGCCGGAAAGACCCCUUUGGACCUUGCCUCCAAUGAAGAAGUCCGUUCAUUUCUAGAGGAACGUGAAAGGUUGGGAAAGAAUGGAGAAUCAAGCAAGGAAGAGAAAGCUGAAGAAGGUGAUCUAAAGCCAUCAAGCAAGGAAGAGAAAGCUGAAGAAGGUGAUCUAAAGCCAUCCACAUCAGGACCUGAAGAUAAUCCUGGUGCAGAAUCUCCUUGUCCACUGGACGAAGAAAAUGAUGAUGGAAAUAAGAGGAAGGGUGAUGAAGAUGAUGCAACAGAAUUCUCGCCGCAGCCAAAAAAGGCACGGGUUAAGCUAAGCCAUCUUCAAAGUUCGGAUGAUACCCAAGAAGAAGAGCUGUAAUUUAGCAGAAUGAUGGAAGGGUGGAACUUUUGCCCUGUAAUAGUACAAGGUCUGGGGUUUCUUAAUACUAGAUUGAUAGAUUUGCAGCAUCAAUUUUGUCAGCUUGUCUUAUAAUUCAUCUAGUUGACCUUCAUAUUAGAAAUGGCCACUUUUUCGUGGAUUAUUUGUUGGGUCUCCUUGGGACCUCUGGGCGCUGUUAUUGCAUUUGUAGGAGUAAAAAUAUCCACUACAUGGGGUGCCUUCGUUCUUGCUUUCACUCGAGAAAAAGCAUCGCAUUCUGGCUCUAGUGAAAUUUACAUCCGGAAGUCGAAAUCUUGCGAUUCACUUGUUGUAUUAUCAUUUAGAAAGUGUUAUUUGUAAGAACCGAAACGAAAAUUUCAAGAGCAGUUUUAUCGGCAAAAAA